AUGUAUCUUCGCAGCCACUUGUUGGCGGUGUCCGGCUUUUGUAUUGAAGAUCAACAAUCACUAUUGCUGCAACUGAAGAACAAUGAAUUCAAGUUCGAUGCUUCAUGGUCUACUAAACUAGAGGGGCAUGUUGUUGGUCUGGACUUGAGUUGGGAAUUCAUAGAUGGAGAAUUGCAUAAUUCAAGUGCUCUUUUCUGUUUCCAACAUCUUCAAAACUUGGAUUUGAGUCACAAUUAUUUCAAUUCUUCAAUUUCGCCUGCAAUUGGAAAUUUGAAGAACUUGGUCUUUUUGAAUUUGUCUGAUAAUUCUUUUGUAGGGAAAGUACCAAUGGAGAUUUCCCAGUUGAAAAAUUUGGUUAGUCUUGAUUUACCUUCUUCAUCCUUGAAACUUGAAAUUCCAAAUUUGCAACAACUAGUCCAAAACCUAACAAAAAUCAGGUAUUUGUACCUAGAUUAUGUAAAAAUAUCAGCUCAAGGAAAAGAUUGGAGCAAUGCUUUGUUAGCAAUUCCUAGUCUUGAAGAAGUGAGCAUGAUGGGGUGCAAUCUCUUCGGACCCAUUGAUUCUUCAUUGGAGAGACUUGAGAAUCUCUCAAAACUUUAUCUUGAUAGUAAUAAUCUAUCAUCUAUAGUGCCUGAAAGCUUUGCCAAGUUAAAGAAAUUGACUAUCCUGAGUCUUCAGGAUUGCAACUUGAGGGGAGAUUUUCCGCAUAAGAUAUUCCAAAUAGAAACAUUGUCCUUCAUAAGCAUACUUCACAAUGACAAUCUCCACGGUUCCUUGCCAUACUUCCCACUAAAUGGAUCUCUUGAGAUUUUAGUAGUAAGAAAAACAAACUUCACUGGUCCAAUCCCUUCUUCUCUAUUUGUACUCCCAUCUAUAGCAUACGUUGAUCUUUCAUUCAACCAUUUUGAUGGUGAAAUAAAGCCUGAUAUGUUUCAAAGUCAUCAAUAUUUAGAUAUAUUAGAUCUUUCUUACAACAACUUAUCCAUGGUUAUUGAUGCUAACCUCUCUUCAUUUCCAAACAUAUUUCAUCUUGGAUUAGCUUCUUGUAACUUGACUGAAUUCCCAGCGUUCUUAAGAAACCAUUCUCCGAUGGUUUAUUCUCUUGACCUCUCAAACAACCAUAUUCAAGGAUUGAUACCUCAUUGGAUUUGGAAACUUCAAGGAUUACAGUGGUUAAAUCUUUCUAUCAAUUAUUUGACAGGUUUUGAAUCUAUGAAAAAUCUCACAAAUAAUUUCUAUGUUCUUGAUCUUCAUUCCAAUGAACUCCAAGGACGAAUUCCAGUGUUCUCUUCUGUGGCUUAUUUGGACUGCUCAAGUCAUAACUUCAACUCUAUUAUUCCACACAAUAUUGGAACCCAUUUAUCUUCCACUUUUUUCCUCUCUCUUUCUGAAAACAAAUUUCAUGGACACAUUCCUCGUUCCUUGUGCGAAGCUUCUCUUCUAAAUGAGCUCGAUCUUUCCAAUAAUAGCUUCAAAGGGACAAUUCCAGCUUGUUUGAUAGAGAGUGAGAUGCUUUGGGUAUUAAGUCUUGGAGACAACAAGCUCACUGGUAAAAUCCCUAAUUCAUUUCCAAAAUCAUGUUGGUUAAAGGCUUUAGAUAUCCAUGAAAAUCAAUUGAGUGGGCUAAUUCCUGAGUCUCUUGCUAGAUGCAAGUACUUAGAGAUGCUAAAUCUUGGGAAUAAUCAUAUUGAGGGACACUUUCCAUGCUUGUUGAAGAAAAUAUCCUCAUUGCGGGUGAUGGUAUUGGGAGGGAACAGAUUAGAGGGCCCCAUUGAAUGUUUUGACAACAAUGGAACUUGGCCAGUCCUUCAAAUUAUUGAUUUGUCUUUUAAUAACUUCAGUGGUUUUCUUCCAACAAGAACCUUGACAACAUGGGAAGCAAUGAGUUAA